AUGUUUCAGAUAAAUUUCCUCUGGUUCAUCCUGACGCUGUUCGCGUUUGGUGGAGCGGUGUACUGCGCGCUCAGCCAGCUGUCUCGAUAUAACUCUGAGCCCGUGGUGGUAUCCAUGCAGAGGGACUACCGGAGUUGGAGCACCACCUUCCCCGCCGUCACGGCUUGCUUCCUGGACAGAGUGGACCGGGAGAAGGCUGUAGAGUUCAUUGAGACAAGAUGGAACGUAACAGAAGAUUCAGACUUGGAAAAGUUCCAGUACUACAUGAGCUUCAUCGACCUGGUGGCGGAUGUGUCGUUCCGUACCAACCUGCAGAACUUCUGGAAGUACCAGACAGACGACACUGUCAGCGGCAUCGAUCUGCUGCAACUGGCCCUUACCGUGCACCCCACUCUGCCCCUGAAGGUCAUGGUUUCCCAGGUCAACAAGGAGGUCCAAUGGAUCCCAGUGAUGACGGAAGUCGGAAUGUGCAUGUCCUUCAACUCGGAGUAUGCCCAGUACCAGUUCAUGUUAUCGGACGUUGAGUGGCUCGGAGACGACCUCCUGAGUUGCCACUACCACAGUGGCCAGUGCUUCGUGCGGAUUGACUCCAUCAACAACGCUAUUAGGUACUUCGUGCAUUCUCCUUUCGAGAUAUCGACAGCGAUUUCCAACCCUACUGGAGAAAUAAUGCCUGGUGAAGAGCUUAUCAUUGACUUCAAGGUAAACACAUCGAUUUGA